AUGAGCCACCGCGCCCGGCCCGAGAAGAACAGUGGUGACAUCAGACAACCAGGAAGACCCACCGCUGCCCUGCGGGCCUGGCUUCACGGCCCCAUCCGGCUGUCAGGAAAAGCCACCAAGGCAGGUCCCUUAGGCCUGAGCCUCAGUUUCCUCAUCUCUAAAGCAGCUAAAACGGCGUCCAGCAUUUGUAGCGAACAUUCGGACAGCCGGGCCCGUGAGGCAGAGCGGCUGAGUGGGGAUGACGGAACAUUCCAGUCACUGCUGCUGGGCGGUCCCCCUGCUCCGUCCCCUGGUGCUCCUGCCGCCUGCCCCCCUGUCCCCACCUGUCCCCAGGGUCCCCCUGCUCCGUCCCCGGGUGCUCCUGCCGCCUGCCCCCUUGUCCCCACCUGUCCCCAGGGUCCCCCUGCUCCGUCCCCGGGGUCCCCCCUGCUCCGUCCCCGGGUGCUCCUGCCGUCUGGCCCCCCUGUCCCCACCUGUCCCCAGGGUCCCCCUGCUCCGUCCCCGGGGUCCCCCCGAUCUGUCCCCGGCACCCCCCAGGGUGACUGCCACGCCCCCAGGCCCCAGGUCCGCGGUCUGGUGCAGUCACGGCGCCCCUGGGGACCCGGGGACCCCCCUGUCCUGACCCGGCGCGGGGACCCCCCUGUCGCGCGCCGCGCCCGCGGGGGGGGGGGGCGGGGACUUAAGGCGGCGGCGGCGGCGUCGCCCUUUGAAGGCGGGUGGGCCCCGGCGCGCGCGGGCGCGGGACACAGCGCCCCCUGGCGGCCGCGCGCGCAGCCCAGGCCCCGCCCUCGCCCCGCCCCCGGCCCCGCCCCCGGCCCCGCCCCCGGCGUGGCGGCGCAUGCGCGCGGCGGGCCCCGCGGGCGGCGAGAGCGAGGCGGGUCCGCAGCGGCCCAUUCACGCGCGGGGCCGGCGCGGCGGGGCGGGCGGCGGGGCGCGAUGGCGGGCGGCGGGGCGCGCCCCGGGGCGGCCGGUGAGUGGGGCGACUGUCCCCGGGGGGGGGGGGGGACGGCGCGUGCGUGUCCCCGUCGCUGCGGCUCCGGCCCGGGCGGCCCCGCGCGUGCGACACGGGGACGCUCGGGCCGCCGCCGCCUCCCCCGGCGCGGGGCCCCCGCGGCGCAGGCGGGGGACAGAGUCCGCGGCGGCCCCGCCGGGCUCGGGGACGGGGACGGGGCCGGGGACGGGGACGGGGCCGGGGACGGCGACCCGGGGCUGCGGCGCGUGCGCGGGACGGGCCCGGGCAGGGCCGCGCCCCCCCCCGCCCCCACCCCGGGCCCGGGGCCGCCACCGCCGGGGCCACCGCGGGUGUCGCCGCGCCCGGCCCCCCCCCCCCCCCGCCCCCAGGGUGACCCGGUCCCCGCGGGGGCGCCCGGGCCCGGCCGCGGCGGGUGGCGCGGGGACGGCGACCGGCGACUCCGCGAGGCCACCCCUCCCCCUCCCCCCCCCGUGCCCGCCGCGGGGUCCCAGGUGCGGCGGGGGGGGGGGGGGGGCGCGGGGGCCACGCCCCUUGAAAGAAAGGGGGUGGGGGAGGGGCCGGGCCCGUGUCCCCGCGGCCCCCCGUGUCCCCGCGGCCGCCCCCCGUGUCCCCGCGGCCGCCCCGGCGCCCGGCUGCGCAGUUGCUCUCACGUUGUCAUGGUCGCUGCGGGGGCGGCGCCCGGCCCGGCCGCGGUGGCCCCGGAGGAGCGAGCAGGGCCCCGCCCGGGUGAAGCCACCAGGUGCUGCGCCAGGUGGCGGCACCGAGGGGCCCGGGAAGGGCAUUGCGGGCAGAGCUGCCCCCCCUGGGCGGAGGCCUGGUGUGCCUGGGGUCCCGGGACCCGCACUGCGGCUGGUGUGUCCUGCACAGCACCUGCGCCCGGCGGGACGCCUGCGAGCGCGCGGACGAGCCCCAGCGCUUCGCCUCGGACCUGCCGCAGUGCGUGCGGCUCGCCGUGCAGCCGCGGAACGUGUCGGUCACCGUGUCGCGCGUGCCGCUCGUGCUGCAGGCCUGGAACGUGCCCGACCUCUCGGCCGGCGUCAACUGCUCCUUCGAGGACUUCACCGAGUCCGAGGGCGUCCUGGACGGCGGCCGCGUCCACUGCCGCUCGCCCUCCGCCCGCGAGGUGGCGCCCAUCACGCGGGGCCCGCGGGGACCAGCGCGUGGUGAAGCUGUACCUGAAGUCCAAGGAGACGGGGAAGAAGUUCGCCUCCGUGGACUUCGUCUUCUACAACUGCAGUGUCCACCAGUCCUGCCUGUCGUGCGUCAACGGCUCCUUCCCCUGCCACUGGUGCAAAUACCGCCACGUGUGCACCCACAACGCCGCCGACUGUGCCUUCCUGGAGGGCCGCGUCAACGUGUCCGAGGACUGUCCCAGAUCCUGCCCUCCACCCAGAUCUACGUGCCGGUGGGUGGUCGUGAAGCCCAUCACCCUGGCCGCGCGGAACCUGCCGCAGCCGCAGUCGGGCCAGCGCGGCUACGAGUGUCUCUUCCACAUCCCGGGGAGCCCGGCCCGCGUCACCGCCCUGCGGUUCAACAGCUCCAGCCUGCAGUGCCAGAACUCCUCGUACUCCUACGAGGGGAACGACAUCAGCGACCUCCCGGUGAACCUGUCGGUCGUGUGGAACGGACACUUCGUCAUCGACAACCCGCAGAACAUCCAGGCCCACCUGUACAAGUGCCCGGCCCUGCGCGAGAGCUGCGGGCUCUGCCUCAAGGCCGACCCGCGCUUCGAGUGCGGCUGGUGCGUGGCCGAGCGCCGCUGCUCCCUGCGCCACCACUGCCCGGCGGAGACGCCUGCGUCCUGGAUGCACGCCCGGCACGGCAGCAGCCGCUGCGCCGACCCCAAGAUCCUCAGGCUGUCGCCGGAGACGGGCCCCAGGCAGGGCGGCACGCGGCUCACCAUCACCGGCGAGAACCUGGGCCUGCGCUUCGAGGACGUGCGUCUGGGGGUCCGCGUGGGCAAGGUGCUGUGCAGCCCCCUGGAGAGCGAGUACAUCAGCGCCGAGCAGAUCGUGUGCGAGGUCGGGGACGCCAGCGCGGUGCGCGCGCACGACGCCCUGGUGGAGGUGUGCGUGAGGGACUGCUCGCCGCCCUACCGCGCCCUGUCGCCCAAGCGCUUCACCUUCGUGACGCCCACCUUCUACCGCGUGAGCCCCUCCCGCGGGCCGCUGUCGGGGGGCACCUGGAUCGGCAUCGAGGGCAGCCACCUGAACGCGGGCAGCGACGUGGCCGUGUCCGUGGGCGGCCGGCCUUGCUCCUUCUCCUGGAGGAACUCGCGGGAGAUCCGGUGCCUGACGCCCCCGGGGCAGAGCCCGGGCAGCGCCCCCAUCGUCAUCAGCAUCAACCGGGCGCAGCUCACCAACCCCGAGGUCAAGUACAACUACACGGAGGACCCCACCAUCCUGCGCAUCGACCCCGAGUGGAGCAUCAACAGCGGCGGGACCCUCCUCACGGUCACAGGUACCAACCUGGCCACCGUCCGCGAACCCCAAAUCCGGGCCAAGUACGGAGGCGUUGAGAGGGAGAACAGCUGCAUGGUGUACAACGAUACCACCAUGGUGUGCCACGCGCCCUCCGUGGACAACCCGCUGCGCAGCCCCCCCGAGCUCGGGGAGCGGCCGGACGAGCUGGGCUUCGUCAUGGACAACGUGCGGUCCCUGCUGGUGCUCAACGGCUCGUCCUUCCUCUACUACCCCGACCCCGUGCUGGAGCCGCUCAGCCCCACCGGGCUGCUGGAGCUGAAGCCCAGCUCCCCACUCAUCCUCAAGGGCCGGAACCUCCUGCCGCCGGCGCCCGGCAACUCGCGGCUCAACUACACGGUGCUCAUCGGGUCCACUCCCUGUGUCCUCACCGUGUCGGAAACGCAGCUGCUGUGCGAGUCCCCCAACCUCACCGGGCAGCACAAGGUCACGGUGCGGGCCGGCGGCUUCGAGUUCUCCCCGGGGACGCUGCAGGUGUACUCGGACAGCCUGCUCACGCUGCCCGCCACGGUGGGCAUCGGGGGUGGCGGGGGCCUGCUGCUGCUGGUCAUCGUGGCUGUGCUCAUUGCCUACAAGCGCAAGUCGCGGGACGCCGACCGCACUCUCAAGCGCCUGCAGCUGCAGAUGGACAACCUGGAGUCGCGGGUGGCGCUCGAGUGCAAGGAAGCCUUCGCGGAGUUGCAGACGGACAUCCACGAGCUCACCAACGACCUGGACGGCGCGGGCAUCCCGUUCCUCGACUACCGCACCUACGCCAUGCGGGUGCUCUUCCCCGGCAUCGAGGACCACCCCGUGCUCAAGGAGAUGGAGGUGCAGGCCAACGUGGAGAAGUCGCUGACGCUGUUCGGGCAGCUGCUGACCAAGAAGCACUUCCUGCUGACCUUCAUCCGCACGCUGGAGGCGCAGCGCAGCUUCUCCAUGCGCGACCGCGGCAACGUGGCCUCGCUCAUCAUGACGGCGCUGCAGGGCGAGAUGGAGUACGCCACGGGCGUGCUCAAGCAGCUGCUGUCCGACCUCAUCGACAAGAACCUGGAGAGCAAGAACCACCCCAAGCUGCUGCUGCGCAGGACCGAGUCGGUGGCGGAGAAAAUGCUGACCAACUGGUUCACCUUCCUCUUGUACAAGUUCCUCAAGGAGUGCGCCGGGGAGCCGCUGUUCAUGCUGUACUGCGCCAUCAAGCAGCAGAUGGAGAAGGGGCCCAUCGACGCCAUCACGGGCGAGGCCCGCUACUCGCUGAGCGAGGACAAGCUCAUCCGGCAGCAGAUCGACUACAAGACUCUGACCCUCAACUGCGUGAACCCCGAGAACGAGAACGCCCCCGAGGUGCCGGUGAAGGGGCUGAACUGCGACACGGUGACGCAGGUCAAGGAGAAGCUUCUGGACACCGUGUACAAGGGCGUGCCCUACUCCCAGCGCCCCAAGGCCGGGGACAUGGACCUGGAGUGGCGCCAGGGCCGCAUGGCACGCAUCAUCCUGCAGGACGAGGACGUCACCACCAAGAUCGACAACGACUGGAAGAGGCUGAACACGCUGGCGCACUACCAGGUGACAGACGGGUCCUCGGUGGCCCUGGUGCCGAAGCAGAUGUCGGCCUACAACAUCUCCAGCUCGUCCACCUUCACCAAGUCGCUCAGCAGAUAUGAGAGCAUGCUGCGCACGGCCAGCAGCCCCGACAGCCUGCGGUCGCGCACGCCCAUGAUCACGCCCGACUUGGAGAGCGGCACGAAGCUGUGGCACCUGGUCAAGAACCACGACCACCUGGACCAGCGGGAGGGCGACCGGGGCAGCAAGAUGGUGUCCGAGAUCUACCUGACGCGGCUGCUGGCCACCAAGGGGACCCUGCAGAAGUUCGUGGACGACCUGUUUGAGACCAUCUUCAGCACGGCCCACCGGGGCUCGGCGCUGCCACUGGCCAUCAAGUACAUGUUCGACUUCCUGGACGAGCAGGCGGACAAGCACCAGAUCCACGACGCCGACGUCCGGCACACCUGGAAGAGCAACUGCCUGCCCCUGCGCUUCUGGGUGAACGUGAUCAAGAACCCCCAGUUCGUGUUCGACAUCCACAAGAACAGCAUCACGGACGCCUGCCUGUCGGUGGUGGCCCAGACCUUCAUGGACUCCUGCUCCACCUCCGAGCACAAGCUGGGCAAGGACUCGCCCUCCAACAAGCUGCUCUACGCCAAGGACAUCCCCAACUACAAGAGCUGGGUGGAGAGGUACUACGCGGACAUCGCCAAGAUGCCGGCCAUCAGCGACCAGGACAUGAGCGCCUACCUGGCCGAGCAGUCGCGGCUGCACCUGAGCCAGUUCAACAGCAUGAGCGCCUUGCACGAGAUCUACUCCUACAUCACCAAGUACAAGGACGAGAUCCUGGCUGCGCUGGAGAAGGACGAGCAGGCACGGCGGCAGCGUCUACGCGGGAAGCUGGAGCAGGUGGUGGACACGAUGGCCCUGAGCGGCUGAGCCCAGCCGGCCACCCCG